ACUGCAAGAACAUGGCUGGGCUGCGUAUCUGUUUGGGGCUAUUUAUACAAGUGCUGCUGGCAUCCGCCGCCCAGGAUCACAAUCAAAUGAGCAUGCUCUGCUCCGACGAUGACACUCCAGCCUGCGCCCAAAGUCGGCACAAUGGAAUGUACUUCUUGUUCAGCAACGAGUGUGACCUUCGAAAGGCCCAGCGGGGCAACCUCAUGAACGGGCCGCUAUAUGAUGUGACCCUGCGAUACUGUUUCCCCAGCUGCGAGUUCGAAUGCAGCUCAAGAUACCAGCCAGUCUGUGGUGUCAAUUCGCAGUCAGGGGAACGCAAGACCUUCAAAAGCCGCUGCGAAAUGAUGCGUACCGCCUGCCUGACCGGAUCGGAUUGGCUGGUGCACCAAUGGGGAGUAUGUCCUAAGGCCAACACGGUGCCCCACAGUAGCCAGAAACCACCUGUGCCUGUUCCAUGCACCAGGAUCUAUCGCCCUGUGUGCGCCAUGUACGCGGGUGUCAAGUCUACCUUUUCCAACGAGUGCCUGGUAAAUGCCGAGAACAUCAAGACCCAGCGAAAUUGGCGCAUCGUUUCCGAGGGCCUUUGUGGCGAGGACAGCACCAAGAUGAAGCACAGCCGCAACCAGAAGCCAAAGGCCAAGCCCAAGCUGGAUGCGGAGCGCACGAAGCGGAGCCACGAAAGCAGAAGGUUGUCCACUCAGGCGGAAGACUUCCAGAUACCGGAGGACGCCGUGGAGAUCUACGCCCCCUCCACCUUCCACACGCAGUUCAUCAGCCACACGGGCGCCAUGGAGAAGAGCUACUCGCUGCCCGCCAGGAAGCCCUACGUGGUGGUUCCCCCGAAACCGAAGGUGCGACGGCCCCAGGGAACUGCGAAGAGCCCCGUAAAGUCGUGCGUUUUCGGCAAUGGGUCCGUUUGCGGAAGCUUUAAGGGACAGACCCGCACCUUUACCAACGUCUGCGAACUGAUGGAGUAUAGCCAAAAAGUGGGAAACGCAUGGACUGUUUCCCACAAUGGCGUCUGUCGUCGCUGUGAGAAGCCCUGCCCUGCAGUCUAUAAGCCCAUUUGUGCCACUCGCAAUGACAUCGAUCACACGAUCGUCAACGAGUGUUAUCUGGAGAGAGUGCGCUGCAAGGACCCCAACAGCAUUUGGAAGUUAUCCCAUAAGGGUGAAUGCCUGAAGCCCAGUAAAGUGUCUACUGAGGGAAGUCGAAUACUGCCACGCAUUGUGUUUAGGAUAAGUAAAAAGAACACCACCGAAACACAGCACAACAUACCUGGAAAAACUGUGCUGAAGAACACAUCCACUGAGGCUCCAACCACACCAUAUAAGAGAAUUUUUAAGGCCACUUCCCCUUCCCUAGAAGUUAAUAAUCGCAAAAUUCGCAAAAUAGAGCUGGCUACUGCGGGAUUUUCGGGUUUCGGUGGACCAAGCGGUUCCAAACACGUGCAAGCAGAUGAAAACUCUUCCUGGUCCUUCAGUGACAACUGGCUGGUACGGAAAACUCUCGACAAUGUCAAGGACUUUUUUCGCAAAAAACCUACGUCUUUCAAGAAAGCGCAUAGCGAGAAAUAUCCACUGCCUUACUGGACUGUUCCAGCGAAAGGAGCAAGCACUCUUAAUACCUCAACGAGCAAAACCACAGCAGCAACGCCACUAAAACUUCCAGCCAUUUUGAGCAUGGCGUCCACAGAGCUACUAAAUUUGGAUGUUGCAAAUACAGCCAAAGAGGUAACCUCAACCACACCUGUUCCAAGCACCACUCAGCCGUCCAGCAGCACCCAGCAUUUGACUACGGAAUUAGCCAUCUCCAGUUUAGACACUGCCUCUUCGAAUGCGGAAAUGGCAAGUGAAGAAUCCACCACCGAGUCCGAGGAGACAAGUGGUCCGCCAGCCAUCCGCAUUGACUCCAGCACCACUGCUGCACCGCCAUCUUCGACCACUGAAGCCGAGGAGUUGAAUAGCCAAACCACUGGCAGCGAGUCGCCCACCACAGUGGCCUCCAACCAGUUGCCAACUACUACCGCGAACGCGGACUACGCGGCGGAUGAGUCAUUUUCGGAGUCCAGUGGUCAGACCUCCAUCUACGGGCUCGACAAGAACUCUCUGAUUAUGCGUUUGUUACGAGCUAGAAGUAAUCAAAACGUGCUCAUUUAG